UGGGCAGCGGGAUCCUUUCAUCGGGGACCUUCGGGAGGUACCGGCACAAGUUCAUUGAGCGCUUAGGAAGGGGGUUGCCAGGUUUGGACCUCCCCCUCACCCCUGAAGAGCAAAACUCUUAAGAAGUUCGAAAGGAACUUGACAGUCUGCAAUUUUGUGUAGCUGUGGCGAUGCUGUUCGGGAACUUAUGAUGAUGCGCUGCCUUCCUGAGUUAAGGAUUAUAGAAUUAUGUCACCAGUUCCCUCAUGGAAUUACAGACCAAGUAAUUCAAAAUGAAAUGCCUCAUAUAGAGGCUCAGCAGCGGGCAGUGGCAAUCAAUAGACUGUUGUCUAUGGGUCAGUUGGAUCUCUUAAGGAGCAAUACAGGCCUUCUCUAUAGAAUAAAGGAUUCUCAGAAUGCUGGUAAAAUGAAGGGAUCAGAUAACCAAGAAAAACUAGUAUAUCAGAUCAUAGAGGAUGCAGGAAAUAAAGGAAUAUGGAGCAGAGAUAUCCGGUAUAAAAGUAAUUUGCCAUUAACAGAAAUUAAUAAAAUUCUAAAGAAUUUGGAAAGUAAAAAGCUUAUCAAAGCUGUUAAGUCUGUGGCAGCCUCAAAAAAAAAGGUGUAUAUGCUCUAUAACCUGCAACCUGACCGGUCUGUGACUGGUGGAGCCUGGUACAGUGACCAGGAUUUUGAAUCUGAAUUUGUAGAGGUGCUUAACCAACAGUGUUUUAAGUUCCUGCAAACCAAGGCAGAAACAGCACGAGAAAGCAAACAGAAUCCAAUGAUACAAAGAAAUAGUUCUUUUGCAUCAUCACACGAAGUAUGGAAAUAUAUCUGUGAAUUGGGAAUCAGUAAGGUAGAGUUGUCCAUGGAGGACAUUGAGACCAUCUUGAAUACACUCAUCUAUGAUGGGAAAGUGGAGAUGACUAUCAUUGCUGCAAAAGAAGGCACAGUUGGCAGUGUAGAUGGACACAUGAAACUCUAUAGGGCAGUCAAUCCAAUCAUCCCACCUACGGGUUUGGUUCGGACCCCCUGUGGACUCUGUCCGGUUUUUGACGACUGCCAUGAAGGUGGUGAGAUUUCGCCAUCCAAUUGUAUUUACAUGACAGAGUGGCUUGAAUUUUAAUAGAGAGCUAUGAACUUUACUGAUAUUUUGCAAAUGAAGUUACUUUGGGAGCAAAUAACUUCAUGCAUGAUGGAACAUCAGAUUCCCUUGAAAAUAAAUUUCACAGUAAGGGAUACAGACUUGUUGCCAUGAAAAUAUAUACUAUUGUAUUUAUGAAGAUUAAGUUUAUAUUGGUAGAGUGGUCAACAGAAUAUGAAGCAGGUAGGUUUGUAGUGAAAUCUAUUGUUCAGUAAAUAAAAUACUGCGCAGUUCUGGAGGACAACAUCUUCUGAAGCCUUCAAGACUUGUGAUUGUUCAAGAAAAAAGAAGCCAACAGAUCCACAUUUAUCAAUGGAUAAUGGCUAGAGCCUAAAAAUGCUUGUUUUAAAGUUAUUUAUUAAGGUCUUCAUUGGAAAUUGCUUAUAUCUGGUUCACUAUCACUUUUUCUGUUUUCUCAAUGAUUCUAUUGAGAAGAAACUGAAACAGGGAAUGCAGGAAUAGCAGAGCAGUCUACACAAACUUGAGGUGUGAAUGGAGAAGAGAGAACAUUCCUUUUCCACACAGUUAAUUCCUUUUUAUGUCAGAAAUAUUUUUUCAGAGGAUUGUGCCACUGUAUUUACCUCAGCCUAAUGGUGGAUUAUGUUUUCAGUGCAUAAAUAUUGUCAUAUUCAUCUUAAAGGAUUCUUUUCACUGGACUUUUGUUAAAGUCUUAGAAGUUCAUUCUGUGGCUCAGUUGUAUUACUAGAAUUUUUUCCUACAUUCUUAUUUAACUGAAAUUAAAACUAAAAAUAAUCCAUUGCCCUCCACUUACAUUUUAUGUUGGGGAGGGGUAACAUUCUUCUUUUCUUUUGCAUUUUAGAUUUGUUUCCUUAUUCUGUUCUAAAAAUCAUGGUGUAGUAUGUCUAAACUGAGCAGAAAGCCAUCAUAAUUGUUUUCAGUUCUAAUAGCACUUUCAAUUCCAGUGUUUAGCCAUAUGGAAAACAUGAGCUUAUUUGAUGUAGUGUUUUACAGAAGUUAGCUGGAGGGCUUUUCAGGAUCUUAGCUGUUGUAUUUUCCUUUUUAAUUCCAUUUAAAAGUUUCUAUGUCUAGGCCCAAAGCAUCAUACCAAAGGAAAGGAAUUCAAGCUCAGCUACUCCUGAGGCUGACUUCAAACACCAGUUUGGAGAUACUGUAAGUGGGCAGUCAUCAGAAGAGUUAUUAUGUGAUAAAUGGGAUUAGUAAAGUCAGCCCAGUAACCAAUUUUUAAGAACUGGAUAAAUUCUGUGGUCAGCUGUAUAAAUUAGUUUUUGAUGGCACUACUCUUUGAAACAAAGAUCAUUUUAAAUAUUAGAGGUAGGCAGAGAUAUAGAUAUAGAUAUGAUACAGAGAAUCUGGGAGCCUGCAACUAUACAUUUCUAUCCCCAGUGAGAGUUGGAAUGGUAAUGCCAAUAUCCUUCCUGGGACCUGGUCUAUCACAGAGGCAUAGUCUUAUUUAAUAAGCAACGUAAACUUGGAGGAGAAUUAGAAUUGGAAGGUAGGAACCAGUUUCUUUUUAUAGACAUUAUUUUUUUCCUUUUUUUAUUGUUCAGUUACAGUCAUCCCCAUUCCCACCUAUUGUUCUAUCCUGCCCCAUCUAAGCCCCCAUCACCCUGCCCUGCUCCCAAAGACAUUCCUUACCCCAUUGUCUUUGUCUAUGGGUCCUUACUACAUGUUCCUUGACUUGGCUCUUUCCCUUGUUUUCCGCAUUAUCCCUAUCCCUCCUCCACUCUGGUCCCUGUCAGUUUGUUCAUUAUUUCAAUGUCUGUGGCUCUUUUUCCUUGUUUUGUUGAUUAGGUUCCACUUGUAGGUGAGAUUAUAUGGUAUUUGUCUUUCACUACCUGGCUUAUUUCACUUAGCAUAAUACUCUUCAUUUCCAUCCAUGCUGUACUGAAGGGUAGGAGUUCUUUCUGCUGUGUAGUAUUCCAACAUGUACAAUACCACCGUUUUUUGAUCUGCUCAUUUGCUGAUGGGCACUUAGGCAGUUUCCAACCCUUGGCUAUUGUAAAUAGCGCUGCUGUGAACAUAGGGGUGCGUAGGUUCUUUUGAAUUGGUGUUUCAGG